AUGUCAUCGGGGAGAACGACAAUCGAUGGCUUAUUGCAAUGUCUUUGUCCAACAUCGAGUAGAAUCCCGCGGCAAGGCUUCAAUGAGAUCUCACGGCCAGGUGCGAGAAGUCUGAUAGUAUGUCGAAAACUUCACCCACGCCAGACCCACACACAAAGCUUCCUCACAAGCUCUCGAACUGUUCCGCGUCCAUUACGCCAACCCGGAAACCUUCAAGCUCAGCGGUGCGCUCAUCAGAAACCCUCCUUCGUUGGCCAGCAUGUCCGUGAUCAAGACCGUAUAAGGCACCUAGACAUAACAUCUGCAUAUCAAGAGUUGCGGAGGUCAACCCUGCAAGGUCAUUAUGCCCAUAUUCGAGAUUGUGUGAAGAUAUUGGUGAAAGAACGCGGUCAGAAGCCGAAUUUGCGGUUGUACGAUGCAUUGCUGCUUGCCAACACGGAUCAUCAGUAUGGCUCAGCAGGAGAGGUUGCUAGGAUCUUAGAUGAGAUUGCGGUGGAAGGUCUUACCCCGGAUUCCGCUACAUAUCAUGCUGCUUUGACGGCUCUUGCUGUACAUCCAGACUGCCUGUUGAGGCAACGCAUACUCGAAGAACUACGCCAACGAUGGUUUUCCUUGACCAAAAACGGCUGGCACGACGUGGUUACGGGCCUGAUCAGAGAGCGACAGCUAGAGCUUGCGCUUGAUACUCUGGACCAGAUGCAGAAAGAAGGAGCCAAAGUCGACUCUUGGCUUUAUGACCUGAUCAUAUAUACCCUUUGCUCUGCUGAAGAAUUCGACUCGGCAGUCAACCUAAUGCAACACCGCAUCUCGUCAGGCGAAUUCAACAUCUCAGCGACCCUGUGGUACUAUUUGCUCGACACUGCCUCACGCGCCCUACACCAUCGAGGCACCCUCUUUGCUUACAGGGCGAGGGUCGAGAGCUCGUAUCUCAAUCCUUCUGCUGGAAUCUGCAUCAAUAUAAUUUCUACUGCAGCUCGUCAUGGAGACAUUUACCUCGCGACGUCCGCCCUACGUAUCCUAGGUCGCCGAUCAGGCAACCCUAUCCAGCUCCACCACUACGAAGCUUUACUAGAAACAUACGUGACCGCCAAGGACAUUCGCACUUCGUUCACUCUCCUUACCAUCAUGACGGCUGCCGGCCAUCCUCCAACAACAGCGUCUACUCGGCCCAUAUUCACCCAUCUAUGCCUGUCGCCCAGUCUGGUAGCUACAGCAGUCUCAAUACUCGAAGAACUCCGCGAGCAGGACCGUCAAAUCCCGAUACAGGCUAUCAAUGUGAUAAUGGAAGCGUACAUAGCUCACCAUGACCUCGCCUCUUCUCUUUCAAUCUACAAGGCCUUGCACAACUUUGGAGACUCUCUUACUCCCGAUACUGCAACAUUCAAUCUUCUUUUUCGCGGCUGCUCGCAAGCUGCUCGCAAAGACCUUGCCAUGUUCCUGGCUUCUGAAAUGGUGGCGCUAAAGGUCGUGCCGGACAGACUCACGUACGAUCGGCUCACAUUGGUAUGCCUCAAUAGCGAGAGCAGCAUCGACGAUGCCUGGCGCUAUUUCGAGGAGAUGCGUGGCCUGGGAUGGUGGCCUAGACAUGGUACUGCAGUGUCAUUGGCAAGGAGAGCCUGUGAGAGAGGCGACCAAAGAGUCUGGAGGCUUGUCAGCGAGGAGGGAGGUGAGGGAGUCCCGAAGUGGAAAGUGGAAAGUCUGAUCCACGAAUAUUGGAAGGAUGGCUCUGAAGAGCCCGAAAAGGAGAUAAAUCCGGAAAGGCGUGAGGGAGAGUAG